AAUGUUUGUAUAUGAUAUUCGCAGUCUGCAACUUCACUGCUCACGAACGUUGCCUGAAGAAUGUGGUCAGCGCUUGUUCGAGUAUAGCGACGCAGUUGAUAAAGGUACAAACCCUGUUGCACACUGUUGGUCGGAACCUGGACAUUUCAAGAGAAAGUUCUGCAACUUAUGCCGCAAGCGUAUAGAGGAGAGCGUUUCCGCUUACCGUUGCGAGAUUUGCGAAUACUAUGUUCACCUGGAGUGCCACGACUUCGUCGUUAGCGACUGCAAAGAAUGCGCGACGUUCAAUCCUUAUAAGGAUAAAGCGGCAGUUAAACAAUAUCAUCAUUGGCGGGAAGGUAACCUACCAGCCAAUAGUAAAUGCUUAGGUUGCAAAAAAACUUGCUGGUCUAGCGAAUGUCUAGCUGGUAUGAGAUGUGAGUGGUGCGGUGUGACGGCCCAUUCACAUUGUUAUAGACAAUUGCCGGAGGAAUGUAGUUUUGGUUGUUUAAGAGAAAUUAUGCUACCUCCGUGCUCUUUAACCAUUCCUAGAAUGCAUCUAAGUCAAGAGAGCAUCUAUCGUUUCCAAAAAAGACCUAUUAGUGAUGAAUUCUCGUCGUCUGGAGAUUCGAAAGGGGGAGACGAACUUUUGACUGACGCUUACGAUAGGAAAUCGCCUAAUGACAAAGAAAAAAGGGAACGCGACGAGGAGGUCGUAAGGAUAUUCGACGGUAACGCCUCGCUGAAAAGAAAGUGUUGUAGGGUUGUUACUGUGCCUAAAUCAGCGCCCGUUCAAGUCCUACUCGAAGCCGCCCUUCGUACAUUCCAUAUAGCGGAGGAGCCAAAUAAUUAUUAUGUUGCUGAUAUGUUAGAGAAGGGAAGCUCAGAGGGUGAGAUCCAAACUCUAAAAGAUUAUACCGAAUUUUCGGGAUCUAGGAGCGGUGAACCAAUAGAAAGAGAAUUGGAAGUAUCUCAAACGGUUAGGUCACAAACCAAGGUUCGAGAUGGAAAGAGACCUUGUGUUUUCCUCCGUUAUAGAGAUCCUGAACCAGAAAAGUGUUUUAUAAAGAUCUACGCCGGAGCCUUGCUGAAUAUAUCAAGUAGGGUGACAGCCCAAUAUAAGAUUAUGUGUGUCGGUAAGACAACGACAGUAUUAGACGUCAUUGCUCAAGCGCUCAAAGAAUUUGGUCUUGAAACGGCCGAUCCUGUCAAGUUCGCGCUAGUCGAAGUUCUAUUAGAUAAAGGUGUUACGGAAGGGGAAUUAAAAUCGGACGAAAAACUGCUGGAAGCCGUUCACCUGAGCCGGAAGGAGUCGCUUCGUCAAUACCGCAUGACGCGCUAUUAUCUGAAAUUAAAAAGUGAUCCGCAUGGUCCCCAUAUAGCUAUGUAUAUUGGAAAUCUACCGACCGGAUUGAAUCAACGUCAGUAUGAGAAAAUACUCAACGAUAUAGGCCUAAAUCGGGCGGAUACCAAGUGGUCGUCUUUCGAUGUUAUCUACUAUGAAUACGGCUCGCUUGUUUUACUUUAUAAGGAUCCGGACACAGCUACGAGAGCUUAUAAUGUUCUAAGAGAUGCUGUCUUUGAUGACAAACAACUGCUGGUACUUCUCUUACCGAACAUACAACCGCAAACUGUGCCGUCGAACGUCACUCCUCUUUUAGUUCUAGUCAAUGUUAAAUCGGGAGGCCAGCAGGGUAUGGAUUUAAUUCGUUCCUUCCGUAAACUACUCAACCCUCACCAGGUAUUCGACCUAAUGAAUGGUGGACCUUUACCGGGUCUUUAUGUAUUCCGUAAUUUGCCCUUCUUCAAGAUUUUAGUUAGUGGUGGUGAUGGAACUGUUGGAUGGGCCUUGAGUUGUUUGGAUAAUGUCGGACAGGAUGCCCAAUGUCAGAGUCCACCAAUGGCUGUUGUACCUUUAGGAACUGGUAACGAUCUAGCUAGGGUACUACGUUGGGGAAGCGGUUAUACAGGAACGGAGGAGCCGAUUAAUCUGCUCAGGGACGUUAUCGAGGCGGAAGAGAUAAAGUUAGAUAGGUGGACUGUCAUUUUCCAUCCGAACGAAAAAGAGACAGAUGAUACUAAGAUCUCGCUGGCGCACGAUACGAAUGCUGCUAAUACGAAUGAGGAUCAGACAUCUAUAUUCGUUAUGAAUAAUUAUUUUGGUAUCGGCAUUGAUGCCGACCUUUGUUACGACUUUCACAUGGCUCGAGAGGAGAAUCCAGACAAGUUUAACAGCCGCCUCCGCAACAAGGGCGUCUACAUCAAGAUGGGCCUGCGUAAGAUGGUGAACCGCCGCAGUUGUAAGGAUCUUCAUAAGUGGAUUAAGGUAGAGGCGGAUGGAAAGUUGAUCGAAUUGCCACCGCUAGAGGGCAUUAUCAUUCUUAACAUUCUCUCGUGGGGUUCGGGUGCCAAUCCGUGGGGACCAGAAAAGGAUGAUCAAUUCGCCAAACCGACUCAUUACGAUGGUAUGCUCGAAGUGGUCGGGGUCACUGGCGUUGUGCAUAUGGGCCAAAUUCAAAGCGGUCUGCGUUCGGCUAUAAGGAUUGCGCAAGCAGGACACUUGCGCAUUCACCUACUCACUGACUUGCCGGUACAAGUAGACGGUGAACCGUGGAUACAGUCUGCCGGUCAGGUUGUCGUGCUCAGGUCUGCUUUGAAGGCGACAAUGCUUAAAAAGACCAAGACGAAAAUCAAGCGUCGCAAUACGGAACCGAGUAUUUAUUUUCCGAACGAUGCAGUUCAAUUUAGCGGCAUAGCUCCUCAGCCCGAUCCAGAGAGCGGUCCUGCUUGA